AUGGGUAUUACUUCAAAGAACCUUUCGCGAUACGUCCAUGAAGCAACAAUGCUUUUCCUGGUAGUGAUGAGACUGGUAGCGAUUCAAGCUACAUUCCUGCCAUCGGAUCUGCAACCUGAUAUACAGAAGUCAGUCCUCAUCCCUUCCUGUCCGACCUUCUGUCUCUGUGACCUUGACUCUUUGUAUGCUAACUGUACUCUAGAACAUGGUGUGUCUUAUUUAGCCGACGUUAAUGUUCAGAAUUUGUCAUUAGUACACCUUGAUUUGUUUGGCAACUAUUCUUGUCUUCCUGUGGAAUUUCAAGGACAAAUUUCGCUUCAAACGCUGAAGUUAACCAAUAGUUUCUUAGUGUCUCUGUCCUGUGAAAGCUGGGUGGAUUUACCAAAUAUUGUUGAGAUGGAUCUGAGUCAGAAUUAUCUCAGCCUUCUUCAGGAUGAACAUUUUUAUUACUCAGAAAAGUUAAAGGUUCUCAACCUUAGUAGGAAUGCAAUUUGCCAGAUAGAUUCUCAAACAUUUGGAAAACAGAAGCUCUUGAAGAAGCUAGAUUUGAGUCAUAACCGGCUGGCUUCGUUAACUAACCAUGUAUUUGAUGGGCUUCAUAACCUGGCAUAUCUGGAUUUGAGUUACAACGAUUUGGUUCAUAUCCAUGAUUCCAUCUUCAAAAGUCUGUUAAAACUGAAAACUUUGAAAUUGAACAAUAAUAGACUUGUGGGAAUGACGUUUGACACAGUAAAGGCUUUGCCAUCCAUUCAUUCAUUGUUUCUUUCUGGAAAUGAAUGGGAAUGUUCAUGUAUGUUGGAAUCACUAAUAAGCUAUAUGCAAUCCAAUACACAGAAGUUCGCAAAUGAUGAACCAGUUCUCUGCUCAGUUCCCAAAAGUGUUAAACACAAGUCGUUACUAGAAGUUCCGAUCUCAGACCUUCCUUGUCUACCACCAAAUAUCUCACAGGUUUCACGCAGUCAGAAUUUCAUUGCCCGAAAUAAUGUGUAUUUGGCCUGUGGUACAAGUGUAUUUCCUCAUGCCCAAGUUUACUGGAAAAAUGUGUGGGGUAAGGUCUUCGCACAUCCAAAUGUUAGACUAGAUUGGGAACAGUUGAAUGUUUCUUCAGUGAAAGCUAUACAAGAGUAUGUGUGGCCAGUGGAAUGUAUUGACAGAAAUACUGUCAUUCGUGCAGAAGCUGACGGAGGGUUGUACAUCGAAAACAUCCACGGUAGUUUUGCUGGAAAUUACACAUGUUUUGCAGUCAACCACGGUGGUCAGACCAAUGUUACGAUUUCCGUGGGAGUAAUUAGCGUCAUCUGGCCUGUGUUUUAUGAGAGUCUUAUUUAUGGUGCUGCUGCCUCUGGAUUGAUGCUAAUAAUUGCUAUCUUUGUUGGUAUUAUAAAGACAUGUCGGUCAUGCUGUAAGAAAUUUUCCUGUAGAUGCUGUCGCUGCUGUUGUUGUGGAAAUUCUUCAGAAGAAUGCAAGAAAGAGAAUGUUUCUGAGGAGUAUAUAUCUGCUGCGUCAUCCAUGUUGGAUGAUUAUGAACCUAGUCAUUACAAAUCUGAUGAUGAAUAUGAUGGUUCUAAAUCACCGAUCAGCUGGGGUCAAACUCCGAGAUCGUCACCCCAGAAAUGCACUACUCCAACUACAGAUUCAAAAGAAAGAUGGCAAAAUAUUUCAGGUACUUUGGAUGAAGUCAAGAUUCAACUUGAAAGAAAAAUGGAGAAAGUGCGCUGUCAUGUGCACAGCAUAAAGGAGUCUGGGUCUCAAUAUAUCAUGACAAUCAGGGACACAGGAAGUCAGGCCGCCACAAAGGUCAAGGCUGGUAUGGUGCUAGGGGUUGAGCAGGUCAAGUCUGGUGUCCAGUCAAUGAAAGAGUUUUGUGGGACAGGAGAGAUGGGUACACAGACGAUUUCUGUGAUCUCCGUGUCCACUGACAUUGACACUCAGCAGCAGACAGAGGUUGUCAAGUCAAUCAAGAUGACUUAUGUGUGA